AUGGGCACCCCAGAACGUGCUUCUCUGUUGCAGCAGGUGGCCGAGAUCACUGUGGACGAGUACCGGGCCGCGUGCCUGAUUGUCACUGACGAUGAAGGCAGAAUGCUCGUAGACCUUUUCAAGAUGGGUCAACAUCAUAGCGCGUCGAAAAUAGACGAUGCGACCAGGCAGCUUCUUGUCAACCUCCUCCAUGACCAAGCUGUGGCAGAUAAUCAGGCAGCUGGACAGGACAGGCUGGUGGAAACCAUUCUGGGAACAGACAGGGAGAUCACAGAGCUGAAAGGUCAGCUGCAGACGGUCACCACCGAGCGAGACGAUUUGCAGAGCAGACUGGAAGGCCUGACUCGCGACCACGACGCCGCCAAAACCAAGAACGAGGAGCUCACCAACAAACUCGCCGAGAUCCAGAACCACUCGCUCAGUCGAGCCCGGGAGGAGGUCCAAAAGCUGAAGAAUGAGAUGUCGGACUUUCACAAGGCCAAGGACGAGAACGAUGCAGUAGCGGCAUCAAAAUUCCUAGAAUUCGCUGAACUGAGACGCAAAGCUCGGCAGCAGGAGCUCGAUAUCGUGGUCCUGGAAGAAAGUUAUACCAGCCUGCAACAAAGCUUGGAGCAAGCUCGACAGCAAGGUUCACAGAUCCAACUGGAUCUCAACGAAAUGAGGGAACAGGCACAUGACAACAGGACGGAGGCCGAACAGGCUUGGGCAGAGGUGACAAGAUUGGAACAGGAACGCACAACGAUGCAGCAGUUGGCCGAAGAGAUCCAGCAGUCGAACACUGCGCUAACUGGGCAAAACCAAGAGCAGCUCCUAGCGAUCCACAGCUUGGAGCAAGACACCCAACACUUUAUUCGGAUCAUGGGGUCGCUGACGGGUGUCCAGCUUGAUCCGGACUCCUGGAACACCGCUGUCCGUCUGGUCGGCACUCCGGUUCAUGGCCUGGACGAGCUUACACCGUUCUGGCGUGUGGAUCAGUCCUGGGGAGAAACGCGGUCCAUGUCCGAGUACCGUCCAAGCCAGAACUCGUCCGAGAUGUUGACGAGUUGCUUCAGCCUGUUCGCCACGUUGGUCACCUCCUCCGACGAGGUCGAUUGGAGAAACAGGGCUGUUCAGGUCACGCAGUGCCUGAUGAGGGAACUACAGGGCGCUGAGGAGGCCCAGAUCUACGUCGGCUUUCUUGAGGAAUUCGCCAACCUCGUUGCCCGACUUAUCGAUCAGGGCAGACUUCAGGACAAUGACCCGCUUGUGUUUUCGAUUUGGGAGCUCCUUGCGUGUGCCAACGAAAUGCUGACCGGCAUGCUUGGGCAGCCGACCAACCUGCUCGAACAAAGGCUCGGCGGGCGCUGGAGAGCCCUUAGCCGCGCCAUGAGAGCUGGCUACACGCACGUCACCGAGGAGGCAAUCAGUACCUUGUUUCGCGAAAGCGAAUACUUGAGAGCGCCUGGAAUGGGAGUACUGCUGGACGACGAGCGUUUGACUGGCGCGCGAUUGUAUAUCGUGCUCGACUUUAAUCCGAACGCCCGUGCCCUUCGAGUCAUGGAGGGUCGCAUUUGGUCUCUUGUUGCUGAAGGGGGAAACUUUGGAGCCGUUUGUUUUCGUGGCAGCGAUGACUUGACGGUGACGAUUCCGCUAGCCGGCCCGGGAGAUAUAAUGUGGUGGUGGAACUCGGUGGACAACAUGGAAGUGGAUUGA